CGCCGCCGCCUCCACCGCCACAUCCGUUGUCCUGUUCGGCGCGACGAUGUUUCCGGAAGCGUGGGCUUUUUCAGCCGCCACCGUCGCCGUCGCUCGCCGCAGGUGCGUCGAACGGUAGCCUGUUAUUUUCCCCCCGUGUGAGAAAGAAGGAGAAGAAGACGAAGAGGAAACGACAAAUUUCGAUAUUAACCAUCCGAAACCGAUCUAGCUAUGGAGGACGAGGACUUUGGUUUCGCGAAGAGGACGGACAAUGUCCUGAGGAAGGCCCUCACCGUUGGCAAUGAACGAACGCACAAGAAUACUAUUCAUAACGAUGAGCAACGGAUCUGUUCUCCAUCGAAGGUUGGCUUCUUGCUCGCGUGCGGGCCGGGUUUUCAGGUGAAAUAUUUGGGGUCUCAUGAUGCAAGAGGCCUCUGGGGCAUCAAGCACACGAGAAGGCCCGUCGAUAAUAUGGUCUCUGCUGCGAAGGCUUUGCCGACCAACACAAUGCUUUCUCUCAUCAAGCUGGUGGUCUCUCAGGAGGGAGUCGCCUUGCUGCCGCUGGACAAGAGGAAGCAGGACGCCAACUUAUCCAGAAUGUAUCCUAUCGAGACGAUCUCGUACGGAGUGCAGGAUCUUGUUUACACCAGGGUCUUCUCCAUGAUCGUCGUUCGUGAGACGGAGAACUUUAGGAGAAUCUCACCGUUCGAAUGUCACGGUUUUGUAUGUGAGUCCAAGUACUACGCGAGGCAAUUGACGUAUGCUCUCGCCGCAGCCUUCGAGGUUUACUCCAAAACCGUAAAAGCUCAGGAAAAAUUGACCGGUGUCACUCGGAACACUGCCAGGAAAAAAUUCGCGAUCGAUUUAAGGAGUCCCGAGGAGAUCGAGGCGGAUCUUACGAUGGAUUCCGAAGCGUAACUUUCAAAAUCUAUUGUUGUUUAUUAAAUUAGGAUGUAAGUAGAUAUUAAUCUUUAAUCAGAAAAAUUUAGAAGAGAAGAGAGAGGAGAUUUUUCGGUUUAUUUGAAGAAACUAUAAACAACUAACGAUGAGCAUAAUUCAUUCAAAAUUUAUUUUAUAUGUAAAAAAAUGUUUUCUUGAAAAGGACGAUACAGGGUAGAAAUUGUAAUUGUAGGUCUAUAAAAACGUAUAACUGCAUCUUACAACAAAGAAAUGCAUUCGUGUACUAAAUCAGAUAUUUUCAAUUUUCCACAUUUUCAUUUUUCUUUAUAGUUUUUAUAAACGUUGUCAUACAUAAUGUUGUUUAAACUUAAAGAGAAAUAUGUAUUUUUUACAUAAAGAUAAAAGACUUAAUUAUUGAUAUAAGGAAAAAGGCAGUUAAUAUACUUCGAUUGUAUAAAAAUAGAUUUAUUAAAAUACAUUUAAUAAAUAUACAAGCUUAAAAUAAAUAUGUUUAUGUAAGUUGCAGAUACAAUCAUAAUCAUUAAAUUGAAUAAGUAAUUAUUUUUUAUUAAUAUUGCGAAUGCAACAUAUUUCUAUCAUAUUUUCGUAAACAGAUGAUUUUCCGAGUUAUGAAAUAUAUAUUUUUUAAUACACAGUUUUUACAAUAAUAUAUACAAAUCAAGAAUAUAGAGUUUUAAUCUAGAUUUACAUAUGCAUUUAACAUUGAAAAUUACAUCUAUGCGUAUAUGCAUUACAAAUUGGUGCCCGAUUCGAAAAUGGAGAUAAUAUCAGAAUGUUGUUAUAUGAAUAUGUGUGUUUGUAUAAUUGUUGUAUGUUUUUUAUUAUUUUAUCGGCAUUACGAAAAGUUAGAUAGGUCUCGACUAUCCGAGACAUGAUAGCUAGCUAUCCAAAGAUAUCGAGUAGAAAACAAUGGAACGCGAGAGUUGUGGAUGAUGUUUUAAACGUCGCGACUUGUGCGAUUUCACAAAAAUUUUACGAUAAUUGACGAAUCGGACAAUGAUUUCGGAUUUAUUUCUAGCCGUCUUACGUGUGCGUGUGUGUUUCUAGUUUAAGUCAUUAGUUUUUAAAAAUAUAUAAUAUUUUAACAUUGGCAAAACUUAUAAUAGAGAACGUAUUGUUAUUUUAUCGACUUUUUAUAUUUUUUAAGUUGUUUUAUAUUAAGAUCAAAGACAAAAAGACCAAUCGAUACAUAUCAGUCACUGUAAAUAGCUAAACGAUAUUAUUCCUUUAUUGCCGUGUACAUAAUGCUUCAUUAUUUAAUCAGUAAAUUUCUUUUUUGAGUCUUUUUCACUACGCUUGCGAGAUUAUCGCGUCACGAUUUUUAAAUAUUUUAGGCUUGGGACAAUCGUGUAACGUUUUUCCUUGUGUAAUCGUGGCCUUGUGCUUUAGCUAUCAAUAUUAAAUAUUGUAUAUUUUACCUG